UCUCCCUGUGUGUCUCUCUGUGAGUUUUCUAAGUUCCCAGUUUAGAUUAGUUGUAUGUUUUUUCCCUGCCAGCAAAUAAAGCUGAGUUUUGAGUUCACUUCCCUGAGUCUGUGAGUCCUGUAUUUUGGGUCCAACUCCUGCCUGCCGCACAGCGAUUCAUGACAGUACGACGCGACCAGACAUGGACCCAGCAGGCUCCUCCCGGGAAAGCGAUUUGGCCCGCAUCUUCAGCCUGUGGGAGCGAGUUUCCCACGCCUCGGACAUUAAAGCAAUGUCCAUUGGGAUAAACGCCAUCGAGGCAAUUCUCAAGGGGAAUCCCCAUCUUCACGAGCUCUCAGGAUUUUCGGGCCUACUGUCCAAUCUGCAGAAAGCCAAGGAGACAGUACAAGUUCGCGAGCUCGUCAUACCGCAACAGCGACCGCCACAAUCGGGAAACGUUUCCACGCUGCUGCCACUGAACUCCUCUCCAUUCACCCUCCACUCUGACUGUCACUCACCCGCUGCUUUUCUCGCAGCAAUGUGGUCGGAGGAUGAGGAGCCGGCCGUGAUCUCUCCGUCGUUGCCAGUUUCCUCCAUCGCCGCACCUCCGGCUUCCCGAAGAAAACGGCAUUCACGCCGCCGACACCCACCGCCACAGCCGGACCCCGAGACGUCUGAGUUGCCAGCUGUGGUGAGUGGAAGGGACAAUCAAGAGUUUCCUGACUUUGGGACUGUUUAUUCCGGGGCUGUGUUUUUUCACUUAGCUGCCCAGCCAGAAGCGCUAGCUCCAUCUCCUGUGUCCCCGCUAGCACAGUCAUUAAUUCCACCACAAGCUCCAUUUUCACCUCUACCAUCGCUUCAGUCAUCAGUUCGGUCUGCCACUCAGUCGCCCUUAGUUCCAUCAUCCACACUACCACCUUUUUCCCUUCCACCACAACCAUCACUACACCCAGCCAUUCAGGCUGCUACUCAGUCAGACAUUCAACCCAUAGCCCUGCCGUUACUAUACUCUGUAGCUGAGCCAUUAGCCGCCCAACCUGCAGCCAAUUCAGCCACUCCUCCACCCGUUACGCCUCCACUACAACCCCCAGUGCAGUCUCCAGUGUCCCCAGUGCAGUCUCCAGUGUCCCCAGUGCAGUCUCCAGUGUCCCCAGUGCAGUCUCCAGUGUCCCCAGUGCAGCAUCCCUUAGCACAGUCAUCCACUCAAUCACCAGCUCCACUUUCCCCUCAACUAUCACUACCACCUCUAGCUCAGUCUCCUGUGCACUCACCUCUGGUUCAUUCUCCUGUGAAGUCAUCAACUCCCCUGCCUACUCCACUCUCACCACCUCCGUUACAACAGACAUCAGUUCAGUCCCCUGUGCCAGUGCAGACGCCCUCAGUUCAGUCUCCCGUGCAGUUAUCUACUUCACCACUGUCAGUAGCUCAGCUCCCACUCUCACCCGUGUCUCCAGCAGCUCAGCUCCCACUCUCACCCGUGUCUCCAGUAACUCAGUUAGCUGCCCAGCAGCCACUCUCUGCUCAGUCUCCUGUGUCGCCAGUUUUGCUCAUUCACUCCAUGCAGAGAGGUAACUUGAUUUCUACUCAGGGUACUUUCCAUGGUUUAGCCGCCGUUGGCACAGUUUGCCACUCCAGGGCUUCCCCAGAGGCUAGGUCUCAGUCACCGGCUGAUUCUGGACCCCUGAAGUUUAAGCAGCCCCCUAAGAACUGCACCAUGUUCGCAUUGCCUGGGCAGAGUCAGUGCUCAGUACAGCGCCAGUUGUCCUCAUGUCGGCCAACGGACUUCAUGCCUGUUGGCGUUGUUUUGGCCUCCGCUGGAGGGUCCGAGGGGCCCGUUCAGCCUCCCGUCUCCGCUGGAGGGUCCGAGGUCAUCCAAGCUAUACAGCAGCUCAGCCAGUGGAAGAACGCUGGGCGUGUUGCCAGCUAUCCAGGGCGCCAGUUGGGCAGUCCAUCAGUAGCAUUAAAGACAUGUUAUCCACCCGAGUGUAUCCGUCUGGCUUAG